GAGCAGCCAGGACCCAAACUAGUGCCCAGUGGUUUUACCCCAUACGGCACAGCGCUGGCCCUGCCUUAAACAUUUUUAAACACUUCUUUGAUCAGGUUAGCAAGACUGGGAGGAGAUAGCAACAGGCCUCGGGGAGAUGCGCUGGAUAGUCCCCUCCUUAAAGCACAGCAGAUCUCUAGCAAAGCUGGACAAGAAUCCCUGAAGCCUGGAGGGUGACCCUAUUUCUUCACCAAGGUUAUUCCUGGGUGCCAGACUGGAGCAGUUCAGGCAUUCAGGAAACUAUAAAGAAGCCUCAACAACCACCUUCCCGAACGUCAACAUCAACAUCCUCAGCCAUAAAAUUCAUCUCCACCCACAGCUGCAGACUGCAAACUAGGAGGCAGAAGGGACUUCAGGUCUUCCUAGUUUCCCAGGACCUCCGGGAGCCUGCAAGCUGAGGCCCCAUCCGGAGACUGAGCGCACCUCCACUCUCUCCGCAGUGCCAAGCAGGUCAGGACUGAAGCACACUGAGGCAACGACUACAGUCGGCAGGGCUGGGGGAAGACAGGGACCCCUUCCGUCCUGGGUCUGUUCUGACCUGCUCUGAGAUCCACCCGGCCCUGGGUCCCCCAGGCUCUUGCCCAGCCCUCCCACGACCCAAGCGCCGAACUUUGACGGCUGCAGAAGGAAAUGGUCACAGCCAUGAACGUGUCAAACGAAGUGAGGCAACUGCUCCAGCCCUAUGAUUUCGAGAUGUCCCAGGACAUGAGACCCUUUUUGGAAGAGUACUGGACCGCCUCCUUCCUCAUCGCUCUCAUCUACCUGCUGCUCAUCGUCGUGGGACAGAACUACAUGAGGGCACGCAAGGGCUUCAGUCUGCAGUGGCCUCUCAUGCUCUGGUCCUUCUGCCUCGCUGUCUUCAGUGUCCUGGGAGCAGUGAGGACCUGGGGCUACAUGGGGACCGUGCUGCUCAGGGGGGGCCUAAAGCAAACCGUGUGCUUCAGCGACUACAUCGAGCAUUCCACCAUCAAGUUCUGGUCCUGCCUCUUUCUUCUCAGCAAGAUCGUUGAGCUCGGGGACACGGCCUUCAUCAUCCUGCGAAAGCGGCCACUCAUCUUCGUGCACUGGUACCACCACAGCACGGUGCUGGUGUUCACAAGCUUCAGCUACAAGAACAAAGUGCCUUCGGGCGGCUGGUUCAUGACCAUGAACUUCGGUGUGCACGCUGUCAUGUACACCUACUACACGCUGAAGGCUGCCAAGGUGAAGUCCCCCAGGCUGCUCCCCAUGCUCAUCACCAGCCUGCAGAUCCUGCAGAUGAUCGUGGGCACCAUUGUUGGCUUGCUGUCCUACACCUGGAGGCAGGAACGGGGAUGCCACACCACAGCCGAACACUUCUUCUGGUCCCUCGUUCUGUAUACGACCUAUUUCAUCCUCUUUGCCCACUUCUUCCGCCAAACCUACAUCAGGCCCAAGGUCACAGCGAAGGCCAAGAGCCAGUGAAGGGUUGGAGAGAAGGAGCCCCAGGAUCUCUCUUCCUCAGGGCACUGAGGGGCUGGGCUUAGGUCUGGGAGAAUGAUUAGGGCGCCUUACCUGCAUGGUUUCAUGUGUGCCCCCAGGUGGCCGGAAGUGGUAACAGGCAAGAAGUGUCCCGGCUGGGGUGGGGUUGUGGCCUGGUACGUUGGUGUUUCUGUUUUUAAUGUGAAGGCCAAGCAGACCCUGGGAUGGGAUGGGGCUGAGGAAGGUCUUCAGGAACUGAGUUAUUUAUAUUUCUACCCAGGAACCUUUCUUCCUCCCGAUCUAUUUUUUUAAUUAAAUAUUUCAACCGGG